UGUCACGACUGUGCUGGUACUACUUUUGUUCGCCACUGUAUAUCGGUGAGCAUAGUUCACGCGCGCUGCGAGCACGAUAACUGUGUAUGUAUCUCGGCGGUUCUCGCGUCGGUGGCUCAGUUCGACUCGGUUGCUCGUGCAGAGCGGAUUUGCGCCAGCACGCGAACCUCUUUCUCCGCUGUAACGGAAAAUAUUUCGAAAACUUUGGUCGUUCCAGUAUACGGAACGGCGUAUCAGUGGUGCAUCAGGAUCCUCUCUCGUUCCUCGGCUGACGCGUGUUAACUCGAACUUUAUUUUUACCCAACGUCGUGUGCCGAGCGUGGAAUCGUCACGGCGGUCCACGGAUCGUCGACUGUCUCCUGACUGCGGGGGAGAGUUGUUUCGAGAUCUCGAUUCGGUCCGAAGUGCGAUUCAAAGAACGCGGUAAAUAACGAGUCUCGUCACGUGGCCAGAGGGUCUUAUUGACCGACGCGUAUCGGCGCUCGGAUUGGCUAAGGCGAGGCACGUGAUCCUCGUAACGUCAACUGCGACUACCGUCUGCUAGUGGUCGUGCGGAUUUCUCGACGAACCGUCGAAGAACAAAGGAUUCGCGUGCGGUUUAUAUCACGUAUUUAUCCUUCUCGAGAGGGAUAUUGCUUCGCCUGUCCUUCGACCUUGAACUCGCAGCUUUAAAUUAUGCCUCACGGCGGACAACCCGCGCGAUAAACGCGAUUGUUCUCUGUACUCGAUCGACGUAUUUACCCGGCUUUGAAUCCUUGACAGUUCCGAAACGUCUGCUCUCGGGGGUCAGUGACGCAGUAUCGGUUCCCGUCGCGUAACCGUCAAAUCACGGUUUCGGCGUUGAUCGUGGCUCUCCGGUUCGUCACGGCCAGGUAUCGUCGCGUCUCGUGAGUUUCGUGAAUGUCAGCGACAACCGUUGUCUCGGCAUGGUUAGGUAAAUCUCGGAACGGAAUUUACGUCGGACAGUGCGUCUACCAUCGUAGAAGCCCUCUAAAGAUCCACGUACCUUCGUAACUUCGAAGCAUCUCGAAGACACGUCGGUUGACUAAACGCGGUGAAACCAUUUCACUAGAAAUUCGCAUCAAGAGUGGCUUUGACCAUAACAUUGAUCGAAAGAUGUACAGCAUGAACUACAUCGGCAAAUUCAUUAGCAAUUUUCGCGACUUUUACAAUGAGAUCAACGCGGCGACGCUCACCGGCGCUAUCGACGUCGUCGUCGUCGAACAACCGGAUGGAUCUUUCACUUGUUCGCCCUUCCACGUACGUUUCGGGAAACUUGGCGUGCUUCGUUCCAGGGAAAAAGUGGUGGACAUAGAAAUAAAUGGAGAACCGAGACAAAUUCACAUGAAACUGGGAGACUCCGGAGAAGCUUUCUUCGUAGAAGAAGUCAGCUCCGAUGGUUCUCCGACAGACACAGAAAUUCCACCUCAUUUGGCUUGUUCGCCCAUUCCAGACGACAACUGUUUUCCACCAUCUAGGUUCAACAUUAUCUCCGAUCUCCCCAAGGAACAAAGAGACAAAAUUCUCAUAGAGUCUGUUCUGUCCAUUGAAAAAGAAAAAUGGGAACAGAUGUCUGCUCUGCCGCCCAAUCAAAGGGAAAAUUUCUUAACCGAGCAGUUUUCUGACCUGCCGGCGGAACAUCGAAAGAAGUGGCUGCAAAUAGCUUCUUUGACCGUGGAGGAAAGGGACGAAAUGUUCAGAGAACAUUUUGCUAAUAUAUCCACUUUGCAGAAGCAACAAAUGAUUCGUGAACAAUAUUCAGCUCUGAAAACAGAGGACAAGGAAAAGUUGUUCAAAGAAAAUUUCCCUGAAUUGCCUGCGGAGCAAAGACACAAGUUCGAGAAAGCGUUGUUGAGCGAUUGGAAGAUAAAAGAAGACGAGAAACGGGACUCCUUGAAACCCGAAGAAGAGAUAUUCGAUAUGGAUGGUAUAAAUGACGAUGAAACACAUACAGCUGCGUCGACGCCUAAAUUGUUCAUAGCCGUGACUUCGUCUGACAGAAUUCGUAAAAUUAGCGUGGUAAACAAUGACUUCAGACCGAUCACGGAUGACGAGAAAAGUAACGGGAAGAAAAAAUCGAGCGACGAGUCGAACUCGUCGUUGUGUAAAAAGAAUUCAAAGAACGAGAGUGUCGAGGAAAACAAGAAUACCAAUUUGACGAAGAGAAAACGUAAGAGGAGGAGCAUUAUGAAGAAAAAGGGAUCUCAAAGAAGAACUAGCAACGGUAGCAGUAGCCAAACGGAAAUGAGCGAAAACGACACGGCUGUUGCCGACGAAUCUCUCAGCGAAUCUAUGUUAAAGGGACCAAAUCCGACCACAGAAUUGGAGAAUAACGAUUCUGCCGAACCUAUGACAUCUGUGCAGGAAACGACAGAGAAACGUCCUGAAACGGACUUCCAUUUCUUCAGUGAUACCGAAGUGACAAAGAAUCAGGAUUCCAGGCCAUGUUCACCCGUUCAGUCUGACACAGAGUUCGAAAUGCGCAAAAUCACUCAAGAAGGCACGGAAGGAGAAGACAAAGGGCAUCAGCAGAGCUGGAGAUGGGGUGAACUGCCGAGUCUACCUCUGGACGCAACACACGUGUCCCAUAGAAAUUCGUUGAAUUCAUCGAUCGCCGUAAACCAGCCAAACAAUACAGAGGCACAUCGGUCAAUGCUCAGUGGUAUGUUCUCGUUUAUGAAGAAGACCUCUCGUGUAAGACACAAUCCAGAAUCCGAGGGAAUUUACCUCAGUGACAUUAAUGCCGACGAACUGGACCCCGACGUUGCGGCUCUUUAUUUCCCCUCUUCUCACAGAGAUCCAACAGCGGUUAAAGAUGGUAAAGGGAUGGACGAGGAGGACACAGAAUCAGGUAACGGACCCAGUUUACCGCAAAGUCCAAACAGCGUCGAGGAAGUUAUCGGUGGGCCAAAAUCGUUGGACAGCGACUUUGAGGAACCAAAGCAUUCUAUAUUCGACAACAACAUGGACAUUAGUUUAUCCCUGUGCGGUGGUUUAGAUUCCGAGAACGGUCCGGCCAAAGAAGCUUUUCAUCAGAAUUUGCUACAUUUCGAGGACAUUUGCUCGGACCCGAAAUUAUACGAGAAUCCAAAUUUAGUUGUAAAGAUCAAUGACAAAUUUUACAAUUGGGCUACCGCUUGCCCGAUCGUGAUGACCUAUGCGGUUUUUCAAAGACAUUUGCCGCAAAGUACGGUAGAGAAUCUGUACGCGCAAUGCAUGCCGUUACCAAUGCAUCAGGAUAAGAAGCAGGACAACAGUGGGAAGACUGAAAUUCGCAGCGGUUACAGUUCAUGGUUUUCGUGGAGACGUUCCACGCAACCGCCUAAAAAAUCUCAGGAACUUAGUCAAACCGACGGAGUCAAUAUGCAAUCUUCGGAGCAACUGAUCGAGAAAGAGGGCGCUUCGGUCGACGAAAUUUCAAACAGGGACGCAAAGACUGAUCAGAAUAUUGAGUCUAUACCCUCCGAGGCCAAGACUGCAGAACAAUGUACAACGUUAAUAACGGAUAUCGCCAAGACUGACAAAACCCGCGAUAAAGAGGGCGAGGGCUACAGCGGCAGCGAGGAUUCUGAUAAUAAUCAAAACAAAUCGCAAGGAGUUAAGAUACCCAAAGAAAGGAGAUCGUAUUACGAGUCCACGGAGAAAUACCGCAAAACUUUAAGAUUGUCGUCUGUACAAAUAGCAAGCCUGAAUUUAAAAGACGGUGCUAACAAAGUUGUGUUUAGCGUGACGACCGCGUACCAAGGCACAACGCGUUGCAAAUGUCACAUUUAUAAGUGGAGAUGGGACGACAAGAUCGUUAUCUCCGAUAUCGACGGUACUAUCACAAAAUCCGACGUGUUGGGUCAUAUUCUGCCGAUCGUUGGCAAAGACUGGGCCCAAUCGGGCGUUGCUCAGUUGUUUACAAAGAUUAAGAAUAAUGGAUACAAAUUGCUGUAUCUCUCGGCAAGAGCUAUUGGACAGGCCAAAGUUACCAGAGAGUAUCUGAAGAGCAUCAAGCAGGGGGAUUUGUCGCUGCCCGAAGGACCGUUGCUUUUGAAUCCCACCAGUCUGAUUUCAGCAUUCCAUCGUGAAGUGAUAGAGAAGAAACCCGAGGAAUUCAAAAUAUCCUGUCUCAGCGAUAUUCAAGCAUUGUUCCCCGAAGGCUCCAAGCCAUUCUACGCUGGUUACGGGAAUCGAAUUAACGAUGUUUGGGCGUAUCGAGCCGUAGGAAUUCCGACUAUGCGGAUAUUCACUAUAAACCACAGAGGUGAAUUGAAACACGAGUUGACACAGACAUUCCAAUCCUCAUAUUCAAACAUGAGCUACCUAGUCGACCAUCUUUUCCCAGCCUGGAGGGAAGACGCUGCGGAUGAGUUCAGCCAUUUUGUGUAUUGGCGGGAACCAGUGCUGUCGCUCGAGGAGCUUCUCAGUCAGAGUCAAACUACCUAAAAGGAAACGUGUUUUUGCUUAAUGGGCAAAAUGAUACUUCGUUCGUAAUACGAAAACGAUCGUCAUAUUUAACUACUUUUUAUACUCCAUGUAUUAUCGGCUAUAGUGUUCUUGACUGGUGCGAGUUUUUAAUAUAUUUGGAACGCAAUUUGUAGGCUUUUCGCAUUCGGUGUGUUCGGUUUAGCGACAGGAGUCGGACAACGAUAAAUAAUGUACGCGCAACGUUUCUUGCCCUCGAUUCAAAACCGUUCGCGAAUAGCGUGGACGUAAUCGGUCUUCUAUCGUUUAAGUACAUUCCAAUUUUCUUAGUAGAGAGGAACGUUAAUUAUCGACGACUCUAAAUUUUCGUUUUAAGGUCUAAUUACAUCAGUCAGAGAGCACGAGAUGCGUGCCUCCUUAACUUAAAAACUCGAUACGUAAUUACAGGCUUAAGAAAGGUUCAAAAAGUGUGUCGGUUACGUGCUAUGCUUUACGAGACGGUACGCGAAUUUUUUCUUUUUCCAUAGGAUACUCUUACGUUCUCGAUUAAGGUUAAA